AUGGCUGACUUCGUAGAAUUGAAGGGUGAGUCAGAACGUUUUUUUCUUCUUUAUAUUACACGCUGAUAAAAAAAUCAUUUAUUAAAUUCACUGUAUAUUACUCUCACGGUUUGAGUAUCCCCCAAGCCAUGCACAUCGAAGCUCUAAAAUGGGUGAAAAGUUGCUGACGUAACAAAUUAAAGUUAUUCAAACGGACAGGAAAUUCCUUAAAAAAAAAUACUUAAGCAGGAAAGGAAAAGAUUUAUUUUUUUCAUGAAAUUCACCGAAACUUUGUUGGUUUCUUGUACUUUGAUAGCUUGAAAACUAAAUUUUGUGUUCCUCAGAACUGAGCGGAAUUCCAUAAUUUAAAAGCUAGGCUCUCGGAUCAGGAUUUAACUGCCUAAAAUGAUUAUUAAACACUGGAUAGCAAUAUUGAUUUCUGACAGUGAAAGACGAUAAAAAUAGACUUAAAGUUGUUCCUGUUGUUUUACUGUUUGUUGACGUACAAAAAACGACAAAGGCAUUAUUAUUUAUCACCUUUGAUGACGUAUUUAUGACGUAGUUAAUUGCGCUCGUUUAAUGCACAAAGUAACCGUCUUUUAAUAAUAUACAAUUAAAGAGCAUCAACUUCCCCUCGGUUGUUUAAAAGUUUGAUAAUGCUAUUCACCGGAUAGAUCACUAUCCAGGGGAUAAGAAAACCAAUUGCGUUAUUUAGUACUAGAUAGAGAUUUAUCAAGUGGAUACAUUGUUAUCCAUGCAUCUUUUGACCAACAGCUGUUCCAAAGCCAAUUAGCGCUAAGCCGGGCUUAAUUUUUAAUCCCGGUUUUCUCGGAUUAUUUUUAUCAAUUUUUUUUUAAAGCAUUCAACAUCAAGUUGUAGACAAAGAGAAUGAAACAGAAUUUGCUUUUAACGCUUUCACGUCUGAAUUCAAAUUUUGCACUAGUCCUGAGUUAUCUUAAGUCAGCUUUGAACAACCCAGCCCUGGGUCAGGUUGCAUAAAACCUUCGUAGAUAAACGGGCUCUUAACUUUUGUUCUGGAACAAUAACCUCUUGUUUUGAAAUACUUGUUACGAGUUCCCUUAAUCUUAAGAUGAUUUUGCAACCCGACCCUGGAGGAUGCCAGAAAUACAGCGGGUCGGAAAAGCAUGCGCGCUCAGAUAUAUUGCUCUACUUGUGAAAUUUCUAUGUCAUGCAGCUAUGCCUUUCGAACCUCUAUUUUUCCUUCUUCGAAAAUGGAACUUUUCGGAACAUAAUUUGCCAGAAGAAUACGAAUGUUUCAAAAUAAUUCGUUAGCUUAGUUUAGAAACGAAUAAAAUGCAUUAGCCUUGCACUCAAAAGGGCUACUGAGAACCAAUUUAGAGACCAUUUCAGCCGUUUACCCCUCUCUUUAUGAAUCAACAAACUUGAGGUCUUUGUGAAAGACUGUAAGCUUUCUUGAACUUGAUAUAUUCAGUACAGUACUUAACUUAACUAAUACUGGACAAAAAUGUUAUUGUAUCGUACCAUAAGAUGUAUUGUAUCGAAUUUGCCUGUAUACUGUCUUAACGUAUCCGCUAUGCCGUUAUGUCGUACUCGGUUAUGUUGUAUUGUAACUGUAACACUGUUAUGUCGCACUCGGUAACCUCAUAUCGUAACCAGAAUAUAAUUAUAUCGUACUCCAAUGCUAAUGUAUCGUACCCGGUAGCGGCAUAGAUCGUAACUUGUAUGCUGUUGUUUCGUACUCGGUAAGAUGACAUAGUAACCUGAAAGGUGUUGUAUUGUACCCGGUAAACUUAUAUCGUAACCUGAAUGAUGUUGUAUCUUACCCGUUAACCAUAAAUGGUAUUCAGAAAACUCUUAUAUCGUACACCGCGACCCUAAAUUAUAGUCGGGAUGCUGUUAUAACGUUGCCGUAGCUUUCUUUCAAGUCGUGCAAGGUGAAAAUGUGGUCAGUGGCUUUGAGGCCCUUUCUAGUGGGUAUCUCCUAUACGAAAUUGGACAGGAAUGCGCGUUGGAAAAGUAGAAUUUAACCUCAAUCUACUGGAGUUCAAUUCGGACGUGGCUUAGUAACUAUUUGCCUUAUAUGUGAGAUUGUAAUAAAACCAACCUUCUCAGGCAUGAUUCUCCCCUCUCGCUCUGGGAACGAGCUUGCAAUAAAGCAGGAAAUCAAUUUUCUCUGCAGCCGUUUAUUAAAAGCCUAAACACCCUAUCGUCCAAGUAUGAUACCAAAAUCUCCCUAGUGUACUCCCCUAAGCGAGGUAAUUGACUGAGUGGAGUGCACAAACAGUUAAGAAGAACUCUUACGAUAUACACUGACCUCACAGUUGGUAUCCGUUUUAUUUCCCCACAGCAUAUCAAUGGAUGCCAAUCAUGUUAUACAUUUUUGCUGCUUUAGUUGCGGUAGCAAGAGUGAUUGGUGUUAACUGGAAAAGGUGUAGAAGGUAAGAAAUAUAUUAUUCUUAUAUAUUUGGGCGCGCGCAAUAUUAUACAGUGACCUUUCGUCUCCUUACUGUUACGGACACCCCAGUAAUAUGGACAGUAACUGCUAACUCCGUGGUGAAUGUAAAAAGAAAGGAUGUCUGUAUAUUUUUUUAUUUUUUUUGUACGCGGCAAGAGAUAAAUUAACCCUCUAUGUCGUCCGCUUUGGUAGUACAGUUUUUGGUACAUAUGGAACCAUGCGUAUUAUCGUUCCUGGACCCAUUCAGCUUUGCAUAAGCCAUUAAGAUGGUAAUUAGCAAAAUUAGCUAGGUUAGAUCCUUCCACUGGUAUCUUAUUUAGCAGGUUUUGACCAAUCCUGACUGGGUAACGGACAAAAAAACGAGAAACAUUGACCUAACAUUAAAUUGAUUAAAUUUAUCCCUUUCUUGGAAAGGAAACCUGUCGAAAUUCCAUGCGGAAGAAAGACGAUAAAGUGGGUAAUAAAAAUGGACAUUAAAAGAAAAGCAAAGGGAAAAAGAAGAGAGGAAUAAAAAAUUUCGAAAAAGGCUCGCAAAAGUCCAGAUUUUGGCUUACCAGCAUGCACUAAGAAAGCUGCUUUUAUUACAUCCAAAUAGCAGGAAAUUAAGUCAUUAGUGCUGGAAAUUUCUUUUGUAGCCAUUCCCAUGCUAACUGGCUGAAAAACCGGUUCAUAAAAGGAAGAUUGGGUCAUGCAGGUUUUCCCCUAAUAAAUGGCCGUUUGCAAAGGUUAUGAAUUGCAGUCAACUCUCUUUUAACGGACACCUCUACAUAGACGUACACACCCAGAGUUGAAUUGGACUCUGUCUUUCUAUGCAUUCCUUUAAGUGACUCUGUCUAAGACGGACACAAUGCUGAUCUCAAAAUUAAAGGAGUCCGUCUUACGAAAAUCAAAUAGUAGAUUAGAAUUUUAUUAUCUCAACCAUAUUUUCUGUGUACAGCAUAACACUGGUCAGGAAGAAUGUGACUCAAAAGCAACCAUCGCAAACGACAAGCAUUCUCCUUUUCAAGAUCAAUCUGAUGAGAGAGAGAUUUCUGACAUUUGAAGUUAGAAGGAUGAUGUUAGGUUUAUGGAGGCUGCGCUUUCACCUCGUUAGCCUUGAGUCUGUAGCAGAAGGCGUCAUUUGUCCUAGUAACAGUUCUCAAGAUACCUGUCAUUUUCAAGGCAGUACAGCGAACAGACUUCUACCGGUGGUUCUAGUGACGUCUCUUCAAGAUAACCUACUGCGCUUGUACAGAGAAGCAACAUUAGGUUGUGAGUUCGAACCUAAAUUGACGAUAAGCUCUGCGAAAAUUGAGGAUUGCAUUGGGAAUCCAAGGCAUCUUGAGAUGAAUAAAUUGAUAUUUCGAUUACGCAAUGGAACUAAAUUGAGGAUGGUUUUGAUCUGCAGAAGCAGUCGGACCAUAGAUGAAGGUGUUUUCAUGACCGCAUCGUUCAAAUUAGUGGUAAUGGAUUUCAGAUCAGGAGGACUGACUGCUCUGUUACCGCUGCAAGAGAGUCGAGUUGUGCCUCCACUGCCAUUCACUUGUGGCGCUGCCGAAGAAGGCGUCAGAGACAGUAGGCAAUUUUUGCGUCUGCUUGCUCCAAGAGAUAAGAAGUCGAAAGAAAUCGAGUUCCAAAAUUGCCCAGUCCAGAGAAUCGAAUUCCAAAGUCUCAACAACGCGCGUAAUAGUGGCAGAACAACUAUGGGCAGGUUUCAAGGAUUUCUACACUUUCCUGAAGGGGAUGUAUCUACGGGACAAAAGUCGCUCGGACUGAUGGUCAGUCCUAAAGAAUUACAUACUCUUGUUGAUGAGAUCAAUUUCAGUGAAACCUCACCGCUUUCUGCCAUUGUAGGAUUCAACGCAGAUGCCUGCACUGUUCAUUGCAAGGCGCAAGUUGCUGUUGCAAUCAAGGAAAAGAAAAAUUGGAAAGGUGGUGUUAUGCAAGCUGAUAAAAGGAUUAGCCUCGGCGUUCACGACUUUAAAGGUGCUUGGCUUCGUACCGUGCAGACGUUAAUGCUACAAUUAUGGCAAACUGAUUCUUGCCUAAGCAGAGAGGUGGCAACUUUUUGCCGAAAGAAAAAAUGCAAAAAGGAAAUUAUCUGUCUAAAAAAUGGUCUCUCGCAAAAUUCCACAGAUAUAAAUCAUUUUGUCAAUAAAAGCACUUGUUAUGGCAGUCAACUUGAGGGAGACCAUGCCGUUGCUGACAUGCAUCAGGCAAAAAUGUUGAAAAGCAUUCAAGACAAUGCAGGGGUCAUAAAUCUACUCCAGGAUUGCCACAAAAGCAGAGAUGACUCUUCAGUCUGCGCUGUGAACGUAACUGAAGCGCAAGAGCGUUGUUGCGGUCAAGAAGUCCCACCAGGAGCGGUACAGGUCCUUCAUUCAGAAGCUGGUCAGAGUGGACUGGUUUGUCCACAGCAUCACCAGCACAGCAACUCUUUUAUUUCCGAUGAGAACGACUUUGAUGAAGAAGCAGAAGAUUUUGAAGAUGAAUCAGUCUUAGAUUCACUGGAGAUAGAAGACGAAGGUCAGUUAGAUAUGAUUUUGCAAGAUGUGCAAGAUGAUUUACAACAUGCGAAUAACGACCUGAUAGGGAACGAAGUCCCUAUUGCAGCUUGGUUACCUGAUAUACACCAGGGAUACCAAGUAUUUCCGGUGCCUCAUGAUGAAGUCCCUGAGGGACAUGGAGCACCUCAGAAUUUACUAAACGAUGUUCAAAUGGAACAGCAAGCACCAGAAGGUGAAGAAGACGCCGGAGAAAAUGAUGAAGUUGGUGAUAACUUUCUCCAAGGACAACAUGUUGUUAACGGUGAUGUUAUUGUUCCUUGGAUGCAAGCACAAAAUGGAAAUCAAGUUCCUGAUGAUGAAGUCCCCUUGGGACAGGAACCAAUGCAUAAUCAAAAUGCAGCACUCGUGGUACUUGAAAUUCCUGUUAAUGCUCCACAAGCACAGGGACCACCAGAAAAUGCGGGACCUCAGGAUGAGGCACCUCAGCAUUUCCCCAUUCAACAGCAGCAUCUUAAUGCAGUUCCAAAUCUAAAUGAAAAUGUGCACAAAAUGAUGUACCUGAAGCUGAUGGUGCUGAUGAAUACCUUGCUGUUCAAGCAUUCCCUCCUCCACCUCCCCCUCCACAUUUGCCACCGCACGAGGAACACCCUCCACAGCAAGUGCAAGCUAACCGGCCACUGA